AUGCCAAUUUUACCGCCAAUAAAUUUUCCCGUAUGGGUAGAAGAGAAUAAAAACAAGUUACAACCGCCGGUCAAUAAUUUUCUUAUACAACGGGGUGACUUUAUUGUAAUGGCGAUUGGAGGUCCAAAUGCUCGAACAGACUAUCAUAUUAAUCAAACAGAGGAAUGGUUUUACCAAUAUAAAGGAGAUAUGGUUCUUAAAAUUGUUGAUGAUGGUGAAUUCAAGGAUAUUCCUAUAAAAGAAGGUGAAAUGUUUUUGCUAUCUGGUAACACUCCACACAACCCAGUUCGAUUUGCUAACACAAUUGGCGUCGUAAUCGAAAGAAAUCGUAGACCUGAAGAAAUAGAUCGUCUUCGAUGGUAUUGUGAAAAUUGUAAAGCUAUAGUGUACGAAGAGUCAUUUCACUGUUAUGACUUAGGAACUCAAUUGAAGCCUAUUAUUCAAAAAUACGCUACAAACGAAGAAUUAAGAAAAUGUCAAUCAUGUGGACAUGUGAAUACUGCAAAGUAA